CAUGACGUCAAAGAACGGAAUGGCGUGAAGGUAUCGACGUGGUUUUCCAACUUUCGAUAAGAUAGACAGUGUCCUGCACGAAACAGGACCGAUCAUUACAGCGAUUUUCACAGAGAAUGUAGCACUCUUAUUAUAGAAGUAUAAAUCAAUAAAGAUUCAAGAUGAGCGUUGAUGCUUACGGACCAAAUUCCCAAACUCUGACCUUCCUGGAUACCGAGGAGGACCUCCUUGGUGCAGAUACACAGGGUUCGGAAUUUGACUUCACCGACUUUACACUGCCCUCACAAACUCAGUCUCAGACACAGGCUUCUCAGAUUGAGACUGGUCAAAGCCAGAGCCAGGCAAAUGAGGUUCCAGUACAGAAUGGCAUUGACGGAACAGUCACAACAAUCACACAGGGUGUUGGGGAGCUACAGUUUGAGGAAGAAGAGGAGGAGGAACAAUUUUAUAUGAAAGAUCUACCCAAACAUGCCUGCGCAUAUUGUGGUAUACAUGAUCCAGCAUGUGUUGUACACUGCAAUACAACCAAGAAGUGGUUCUGUAAUGGUAGAGGUAAUACUUCAGGCAGUCACAUCAUUAAUCAUCUUGUGAGAGCUAAAGCCAAGGAAGUUACAUUACACAAGGAUGGUCCUCUUGGAGAAACAGUGCUUGAAUGUUACAACUGUGCAUGCCGUAAUGUGUUCCUGUUGGGAUUUAUACCUGCCAAAGCAGACUCUGUUGUGGUGCUUUUGUGUAGACAACCUUGUGCCACUCUGAGUAACCUAAAGGACAUGAACUGGGACCCAUCCCAGUGGCAGCCAUUGAUCCAGGAUAGACAGUUCCUGCCUUGGUUGGUGAAGGUACCAUCAGAUCAAGAUCAGAUGCGAGCCCGCCAGAUCUCUGCCCAGCAGAUCAACAAGCUAGAAGAGCUAUGGAAAGAUAAUCCAGAGGCCAACCUCGAGGAUCUGGAGAAACCUGGAGUAGACGAGGAACCUCAGCAGGUCCUUUUAAGAUAUGAUGAUGCCUACCAAUACCAGAGUAUAUUUGGUCCACUGGUGAAGUUAGAGGCAGAUUAUGACAAGAAGUUGAAGGAGUCACAAACCCAGGACAAUAUUGUAACAAGAUGGGAUGUUGGACUUAACAAGAAGAGAAUUGCUUACUUCAAUCUACCUAAAGCAAAUGAUGAGAUGAAGUUAAUGCACGGAGAUGAGCUGAGGUUACGCUACAUGGGAGAGUUGCAUAAACACUGGUCUGGAGUGGGCCAUGUCAUCAAAAUUCCUGACAACCAUAGUGACGAGAUUGCCAUAGAGCUGAAAAGUAAUGCUGGUGUUCCUACUGAAUGUACACACAAUUUUGUUGUUGAUUUUGUCUGGAAAUCUACUUCAUUUGACAGAAUGCAGUCUGCCCUGAAGACGUUUGCAGUAGAUGAGACUUCAGUAUGGGGAUAUAUCUACCACAAGUUACUUGGCCAUGAAGUAGAGGAUGUUGUUAUCAAAUGUCAGCUGCCUAAACGUUUUAGUGCCCCCAACCUCCCGGAACUCAAUCACUCCCAAGUGUAUGCUGUCAAAACCGUACUGCAGAGACCGUUAAGCUUGAUUCAGGGUCCCCCAGGAACUGGAAAGACUGUGACCUCGGCAACAGUUGUAUACCAUCUAGCCAAGCAAAGUAAUGGUCAAGUGUUAGUGUGUGCACCAUCUAAUAUAGCAGUGGAUCAACUUACAGAGAAAAUACACAAAACUGGACUGAAGGUGGUGAGACUGUGUGCCAAGAGUAGGGAAGCUAUAGAAUCACCAGUGGCAUUCCUUGCACUGCAUAAUCAGAUCAGAAAUAUGGACAGCUUGCCUGAGUUGCAGAAGUUACAACAGUUAAAGGACGAGACUGGAGAAUUGUCAUCAACAGACGAGAAACGCUACAGAUCUCUCAAGAAACAGUGUGAGAGAGAACUACUUCAGAAUGCAGAUGUAAUUUGCUGUACGUGUGUUGGAGCAGGCGACCCUCGUCUUGCCAAGAUGCAAUUCCGCUCAGUGUUGAUUGAUGAAAGUACCCAGGCCACAGAACCAGAGUGUAUGAUUCCAGUAGUGCUUGGAUGUAGACAGUUGAUCCUGGUUGGAGACCACUGCCAGCUUGGACCUGUUGUGAUGUGUAAGAAGGCAGCCAGAGCUGGUCUAUCCCAGUCCCUGUUUGAGAGACUUGUUGUGUUGGGGAUCAGACCUAUACGUCUACAGGUGCAGUACCGUAUGCACCCUGCUCUCAGUGCUUUCCCAUCUAACAUCUUCUAUGAAGGGUCCCUGCAGAAUGGGGUCACUCCAGCGGAAAGAAUUCGUAGUAGUUUGGACAUACCGUGGCCUCAGCCAGACAAGCCAAUGUUCUUCUAUACAUCUUCUGGGCAGGAAGAGAUCUCCAGCUCUGGAACUUCCUAUCUCAACAGAACUGAGACUGCCUCGGUAGAGAAAAUAGCAACACGUUUCCUGCGUUCCGGGGUGAAGCCAGAGCAGAUUGGUAUUAUCACACCAUACGAGGGACAGAGGGCCUACAUUGUACAGUACAUGCAAUACAGUGGCUCACUGAACAAGAAACUCUACAUUGAAAUAGAAGUUGCCAGUGUUGAUGCUUUCCAAGGACGAGAGAAAGAUUUCAUUAUCUUAUCUUGUGUCAGGUCUAAUGAACAUCAGGGCAUUGGUUUCCUCAAUGAUCCAAGACGUCUCAAUGUGGCACUUACCAGAGCUAAAUAUGGUAUUAUAAUUGUGGGCAACCCUAAGGUGUUAUCCAAGCAACCACUGUGGAACCAUUUGUUGACCUACUACAAAGAGCAGAGAUGUCUGGUGGAGGGGCCUCUCAACAACAUGAAGGAAAGUCUAAUACAGUUCAGCAAGCCAAGGAAGCUUGUCAACUCUACAAAUCCUGGUGGUCGCUUUAUGAGUAACACAAUGUUUGAUGCCAGAGAGGUGCUUAUACCCGGCAGUAUCUAUGACAGAAGUGUAGGCUACAGGGAGCCAGUGGUACGUACCCAUGACCAGCUUGGUUUUAUUGGACCUGAGAGAGCAUACACUGGACCAGGAAUGAACAUGCCGAUCCCAGUGAACAUGUUUAUCAGCCCUAUGCCACAGCCCUUCCAUCCACCACAACAACCCAUGCAGAUACCUGCAAAUGCACGUGGACGUGGUGGUGGAGGACGUGGACGAGGCAUGCGCACCAAACCACCACGGUAUAGUCAGCACACACCGCAGAGUCAGACAUCACAGCUGACCAACAGUCAGAGCCAGGCUAGUCAGGACAUCUCACAGCCAUUCUCCCAGGGACCGCUAACACAGGGUGGUCUCUCUAUGAGCCAGCCGUUCCAGAUGAGCCAGCCAGGCCUCUCUGGAUUGUCUCAGCCAGAAUUAUCACAGGACAGUUUCCUGGCGGAUGACUUCAAGUCACAGGCUGACGGCAUGUUGUCGCAGGACUCGACAUACCAGGGCGACCGCAUGUUCUAUGCUUCACAGCUCUCACAAGGUCCUUUCAACUAAACAGGAGCUUCACGCCAACUAACAAGGAAAAGGAGAUGUUUGAUGAAGUGAAAUGAUGAGACAUCAUCGUAACCAACGACAACCAGUUGUGUAGAAGGAGAGAGCAGUGUCAGUAUGUCUGACGACAAUGACAACCACUCAGUGACAACAUGGCGUCCAUGCCACACCUACAGUCUCACCAACACCACUCUCAGUGACCGUCUGUCAUCAACAAGCGAUUACAGAAAAAAAUGACUGGUUCCUUUACAAACAUCACAUGACUGUACAUGUGAAAAGAAUGAAACCACAGUCUGGGUUCAUAAAAGAAACAUUUUAAUUAAGGAAUAAAUAGAACCAGACUUGGUGAAUAAUGAGGGCAAACCAGUCUGGUCUAGAAGCUGAUAGAGUGGGAACCAUUCUGAGCAACAGGAAGUGGUGAUACGUCUGCUGACUGUCACAUGGUCAAUGUCAAGGACACUGCAGAUUGAUUUGUUAAUUGCUUGCUACAAUGGAAGUUGUUGGGAUAUCUUGAGAUACUAUUUGAUGGUUCUAACGUGAUUAUAUACAAAUUACAAUUAGAUAUGAUUUGUGUUUUGCUAUUAGAGCUGGUGUGUUUUGAGGGAAGAACGCAUUGGAUUGAAGAUGGGGAUCAAACUGUCAUAUAUAAACUGUUAUAAAAUACUUCCAACAGAACAUAAAAGGAAGACACUUGGAACAUUGUUAAAUCACCAUGCAUAAGUAUACCAAAUGGCUGCGUCGCUCUUCUUCAUGUUGAUUGCAGUAUUAUAUUAAACUUUGAAAAUAGAAAUUUUGUUCCUCAUAAAAAAUAUGAAUGGUGUUUAUUAGAGUCAGUUGUGCAAGUCUGUGAUCAGUUAUGAAUUUGUAAGUCUUUUCUCGAUUAUAGUAAAACAUUAUGUCUUUAAGUUGGUUAAGUACAAACAAGUAAUUUUAUUAAUAGAUUUUAUAGGAGUUGUAUUGAUUUCUUGCAGUUACCAGAGACUGAGAGAGCAGUUGCCUUCUGCAAAAUUUCUUUUUUUUGCUCUCUUCUUUCAAAUGAAUUAUGUAAUCCCAUUUUUUUUUCUUCAGAUUUUCUCAGUAAAAGAAUGUAAACGUUGUUUUUAAUCUGAAAGAUAUGGUGGAGUAGCUUGCUUUGAUAACCAUUUAAUACAUUCUGCUGUUGAUGAAAAAAAGUCAUUUUUUUUUUUUUAAUAGAUUGGACAAGUGCUUUUCAUUGUUUCAGUAGAAUGCAUUUACUUGGGAACUUUAAAUUGGCAGGUACAGUAAAACUUUAAUUGCUGGAUGUUGUAUGGAGAGAUGAGCAGUCCUUGAGGUGUCUGUAGUUUUGGGUUAUCAAAACAGAAAAUAGAAGUGGUAGGGCCUGGGACCAGCAAGUUUGGGUACCCAGAGUCUGAUGCUCGAGCAAGCAGUGUUUCGCUGUACCUUAAUUAUUCAUAAUGAUGACAAAUUUAGAGAGAACUGUUAUCAUGGUUAUGAGACAGAAACAAUACAUUUAGGUAGAGAAUUUUUUACUGGUAUUAAUAAGCUUACAUGCAACUGUGCCAAGAUGGUUCAAUGCUUGAUAUUUUAGUGUUGUGUUGAAUUUGUUCUGUUUUAAUUUGAUUAGUGAAGCAAGAGGUAAAACCUUGGUAUGUAUUUGGUUUCAUUCUUGAAUAAAAUUCAUGAAGAAAAAGACUGACAAUCAUAGACAAAAGUGAGAAAAACGCGUCUUUUAUUUCUGUAAGCAACAUUGUUGUAAGGAGUUGAAAAUUUAUUGCAGAGAAUGAGGUCUAAUAAGUUAUAGAAAUGUGAAUGUAAACAGACAAUUUUGUAGAUGAAUUUACUUUUUUAUGACGGUAUUUUUUUUUAGAUAUAGCUAGUCAUUGACAAUGGCUUUCCAAAUUUUCCAAGUAUGACACUAUAGGUUUUCUUUUGUAUUAUCCUGAUUUCGCCACGCACAAUGUUCGAGUGACUUCGUAUGAUUGAUAUUUUGACAACUUCCAUGGAAUUUGUAUUAUUAUUUUAAGAACAGAUGUGAUGUUAAUGAAUCAACUCUGCGGAUAAGUAAAAAAAGAAAGAAUUCUGUUGUAUGACUGUGUUGAGAAAAAAAUUUUGUUUAGCUUUUCAAAUUGUUUGGAUAAGGCUUGUUAGGUGGAGACUUUGAGAAAUUGAUAUUUUUGUUACAGUUUUCCUUACUGAUAUGCAUGAUCUUCAGUUCAGUGCAUUUUUCCUGCCCCUGUGUAUUCAAUUGAUAGAUGAUUUUAAAUGAUUGUAGCUCUUUGAUCUAAUAACAUGGUUUUCAGCAAAUUAGGUAGAGGUUAUAUAUGCACUGAUAUUCUAACCCUCAUAAUAUUAUACUGCAUAAUCUGCCAUUUUAUUCUUUUAUUGUCCAGUUACAUUUCCACGUAAGCAGUUUCCAGUAGUUAGAGAUAAAUGAAGGGAUAAAUGUAUCUCUGUGAUUUAUUGAGAUCUACAGACUUGUAAUAUGGUGACUUAACACAUUUUGAUUGUUUAUGAGUAAAUGGUUUUCCACCUGAUCGUCAACUAAAAUCUCAAAUUUUUAUGAAAUUCUGAUACAUCAACAUUCCAGCUAUUUUUGUAAUGAUCUGACAGUCUCUAAUUUUUAGAAAUUCUCAUAAAUAAACUUUCCACCUUUUUUUAUAUUGAUUAAUCUCAAAUUUUUGAGAAAUUCUCAUUAAAAAUUUGUCUAUUUUUAUAUUGAUUAAUCAAAAUGAACAUUUUGAGGUAUUCCCAUUACUUCUGGAGACUGCUUAGGUUGAAGUUAAACUAAAUGUACCUGUUUAUAAUCUUAACUUGUAAAGCAUAUAUUUUUGUUCCGUAUACUUACAAACUCUAAAUUGUAGAAAUGUUGAAAGCAUUUGCAUACAGUGUAACAAAAUAUAUGGUUUAUGAGGUAUGAAUUACUUAUGUUCUCUUGUUGUUUUUUUUGUUUCAAAGAGGGUCUUGCGCUUUUGAGUUUCGAUUUGAAGAUUAACCUUGAAACUUACUUUUUGGUUUUUUAUUUUAAGAAAAUAUGGAUAAAGACUGAAAAAGUUAUUGUUCUAAUAGAAGAAAGAAAUUUUCAAUUCUGCUUUAGAUGCUUUAUUAAACAAAUGGAAAAGUUAAGAAUCCUGCUUUGGUUUACUAAAUGCUUUAAUUAACAGUUAGAACUGAUAUUUUCUGUUCUGUAUGUUAUAUAUUAAAAGCUUCAUUUUAAGAUUGAAACAUACCUACACUAACAAGUUGAUAAGUCACUUAUGCCCUGUAUAUACAUUAAUUAACUUGAAAGUAAUAUGUUAUCAAUCAGUUUAACUUGCGUUUCUUAGCCUUAAUUAGAUUCAAUAAAAACAAAGCAAUAAAAUAGAAAAGAAGAAACUUUCACUUUCAUUUAGAAGAGGGAAAUUCUACAAUGAUAUGCAUAAAAUCCUUUGGCUAUAUUUAGAAAAAAAGUUUGGUUACAUGUGAUAUUAAACACUUUAGGGCACUGAUAUUGUUAAAAUUUUAUGGCUUUAUUUCUUUGCUUCAGUUUAAGGUUAGGUAAAUGGUUCAUUUGUUGACAAAUUUAUCUGUUUUAACCUUCCUGUAUGUUGUUAAAAAUUUCAGAUAUAUAUGAAAGUUUUGUUUUCCAGAUUUGACCUUUCUGUCAGUGACCCAGGCAGAUUGUAUAUUCCAUAAAGUAUACAGAGAACGCAAUUUCUUUCAACAUUGGGUGAAUUAUUUAUUUUUUCUAGCAACCCGAUUUGUUUUAAAGUGUUUAACCUGCACUGGAAACGAUUAUAUACCCUUAAAAACUUGAUACUGUUAGAUUAUGUUGCUAAACUGUAUUGUUGAAUAAAGUUUAUUGUGGUUUUCACUACCGGCUUUUCAUUAUUUUAGGCUUUAAGAUUGUGUUUUCAUGUGGAAAUAAAGGCUUCUUAAUGUA